UUGUGUACUGUUCUUGUCCUAAUUAGCCUCUGUAAAUUCCACUUCCAAUAAUUUCAUUUCCCAUUACCGAAAUAGCUAUGAAUCGCGUCUGAUUACUUCAUCUCCUCAACGAUUGAAGACCUAAGCAGUGAAAAUCAUGGGAUUACUGAAGCUCCGCCGUCUUCUGGUGGUUCUGAUUCUGGGUUUGUUAAUUGGCGUUACCACAGCAGGUGGUGGUUCGGGAAAAUGUGGAUUUCCCGCCGUAUACAACUUUGGCGACUCAAAUUCAGACACAGGCGGAAUAUCGGCGGCAUUCAAUGCGAUUCAACCACCCAACGGCGAAACGUUCUUCCGACGCCCUUCUGGAAGGGCUUGCGAUGGCCGUCUCAUUGUAGACUUUAUAGCUGAGAAGCUGAAAUUGCCUUACCUGAGUGCAUAUCUGGACUCAUUAGGAACAAAUUUUAGGCAUGGAGCUAAUUUUGCAACAGGAGGUUCAUCGAUUUGUCCUGGUGGUUACAGCCCUUUUCAUCUUGGCAUUCAAGUAUCACAGUUCAUACAAUUCAAAUCCCGCACCACUGAUCUGUUCAAUCGACUCCACUCCAACAACAAGACGUCGAUACCAAUCAAACGUAUAGCGAGGCCCCAAGAGUUUUCUAAGGCGCUAUAUACGUUCGACAUUGGGCAGAACGAUCUUGCCUACGGUUAUCAACACUCAUCAGAAGAACAAGUUAGAGCCUCCAUUCCAGAUAUACUCAACACAUUCUCUGAAGCUGUGCAACAAUUGUACAAGGAAGGGGCAAGGUAUUUCUGGGUGCAUAACACAGGUCCAAUUGGAUGUCUGCCUUACUCUAUAUUGUAUAACAAAAGCCCCGAUAAUCGAGAUAGCAACGGAUGCGUGGAGAGCCAGAAUGAAGUCUCUCGAGAAUUUAAUCGACAGCUGAAGAGUCGGCUGCUAAAGCUGGGGAAAAAGCUUCCUGUAGCUAGAAUUAUACACAUAGACAUGUAUUCAGCCAAGUAUCUGCUCAUUACCGAAGCGAAAACUCAAGGUUUUGUUAAGAAUCCAGUGAAGUUUUGCUGUGGGAGUUACUAUGGCUAUCACAUUGAUUGUGGAAAAAGAGAAGUUGUGAAUGGAACAGUUUAUGGAAAUCCUUGCAAAGAUCCAUCAAGGCAUAUUAGCUGGGAUGGCAUACACUACUCUGAGGCUGCAAACUUGUGGAUUGCUAACCACAUAUUGAAUGGCUCAUUUUCAGACCCACCAUUGCCAAUUGACAAAGCUUGUCGAGCUCCUAGUUACGCAUGAUAAUCACGGAAUUGAACACUUCGAGCGAAAUGGAAACAUCAAAUGUAUGAUUGAGAAAUAUACGAGUAUUAUAGAUACUCCUCUGCCACAACGUCUCAACACUACAAAUUUUCACAUUAGCAUCUGAUUCUGUCGAAAAUCACGCUGCACCUUUGGAAUUUGGUCCGGUUGUAUUAGAGAUGGCAAAAGUUUAUGAACACUAUUCGGGCUAUGAACUCAAGAAUUAUUGGUGUCCCCUAGAGAAGUUGGGUAGAUAAAUCAAGCUAUCCAUGUGUUUGUACUUAUUAAAAACACUUCUUUUUAGGUACUUAAAAGGCCAUUUCAAACCUACCAUCAAGUUUUUCAAAACUCGACUAAGUCAGAGGUUCGAAUUCUUCCACCCCGCUUGCCCUCGGCUCGGCUCGCACCAUGUUUGUGGUUGGAAAAGAAAACUUGUAAGUUCACUCACAGCCAUGUUUGUCGCCAUUCCUAACUGAGAACAAUAUAAUCUUAUCCAAAAGGGAAUCAGAUUGGGCCUUUUAAAA